CCUCUUGUGACCAAACCUUUUUGACAAAAAUUACCAAGGGCUCCCUCUUCAAGCAUAAUUUUCGCGAAAAGGGCUCCCUCUCUUGUUAGGUGAAAGAGAAGUUGCAGAUCAUCAGUCUGUUGCUUGCAGCUAGCCUCUGCUUUAGUUCUGUUGAUCAAUUCUUCUGUCAACGGUAAACUUUGAUGUCUUCGGCUCACGAGACAGUUACCAGCGAUAGCGAAGAGACCAUCCUCAAACAGCUGAGGAGAUCCUUCAAGAUGGUCAGCCAGCAAGCAGCCGUCUGGCAGGAGGCGUCAGACUGCUCUGCAUCGCUGGUGCGGUCUCUGGCCAACCAUGCAGAGCAACUGCAGUGCUGCCACUCAGCUUGCAGGGAUGGUUGCCGCGACGUUUUGCAGCAGUUCCCCGAUCUGCACGAGAGGCUGGAAUUUAAGCUGCUGAAGUCCAUGGAGGUGAUUCUGUCAAGGCUAAAUGCUCACCUGCUGACCAUGGAGGAAGUGUGCAAAAAGCACAGCCAGCACAGUGCCUACUCACUCGGGGCAUAUCACAACCACUACAGGGAGGUGGGUGUGGCUAAAGUGCUUGCCAGGUCAGCAACAUGGCCGUCAAUAGCCGACAUGCUGCAAUGGCUAGCUGAUGUGAAUUCACUCUAUAGAAGACUAUAUGCUGAGAAGCAGUGGCUUUAUGACACCAUCUCCUACGAUAAGUUACACGAGAUGCAAAGUCUUGCGAGUAGGUGGCAAAGAAAUGAUGUUAAAUUAUCAGCAGUGAAAAGUGUUUUAGCACAUGUGGCCUUCUUCAUGGAAGAUCGCUGACGAAGUUUUGGGCAUGUAAACAGCUUUUUGGCAAAGACAACACGUCUGCCAAGUCCACCAGUGCAGGACCUUUCAAUACAGAGGCUCUUUUGCACCAGACGUCUCCAGUUGUCAAGUAAAUUGUAUCACUGGAUUGCGGCAAGCAUGCAGAUGUUGCGCUGGCUUAAGAAAGGUCUUUGGAUGAAAUUCAAGAGAGGUGUCAUUUUGGGAAAGAAAUGUACAGUUGGAGAUCCCCUGCCAAGUUGACUACUUUGAGCGACCCACACGAUGUCUGCUGGCUGGGCCAAACCAAGAUGCGACUUCAUUAAAUGUCUGAAAAUUUGGGCACAGUCGAGAACUGUGUCACAUUUGUUGUCAAAUCGAGAGGGAACCAAAUUCUGUCUCUUAAUUCAGGAUGCAAGUGAACACUGUAGGAUUAUGCAUAGACAGACGUCCAUUUGACAAACAGACCUCUAUCGUGGGGCGGCCAUCUUGCUUUUCUACUAUUCAAAGUAAUGUAACCAAACUGAGGCUGGAAGGAGUAAUAGUCUGUUCCUUUUAUCAAUAUAAGAAGUUGUAUUACUAUUAUCAGUGGUCUUCCGGGGGACAAGACAAACAUGGAAGCAUCAUGAUAAAGAUCUAAGGGGGGUGUUGAGGUGGAGUGAAAUAAAGGAACUUUCCAGAUGGCAAAGGAAAUACACUUGUGCCAUCGAUACUACUGAAGCCAAUAUCAAUAUUGAAAUGAAAGUCUAUUUAGUCUGUGAAAACAGAAAACAUGCACAUUAAAAAAAAAGAAGUGUGAUGUAAAUGAUGUACUCACCCCUCAUUAAUAUUCAUUUAUGAAAACAAAGGUGUGGCAUGCAUACAUUUGCAGAGACUCUCGUUGGUACAAACGCACUGCUUUAUUUACUGUAGUACUAAUCUGUGAUUUUCUAAUUAUAAAAAGAUUAAGCUCAGACAUGAACGAUUGUAUAUUUCAACAAACACAGAUAAUAUCACUUUAAAGUGUUUGUCAGCAAGCUCAGAUGCCCAACUAAAAAAGAAUAAAUAACUCUUUAAAAAAGGUUAAAAAUUUUGAACUCCAUCGUUCUCAGGCUUUGCCUGUUUCACCUCUGCCUUUGGCUCAAUACAAGUUUUAGGAAAGAAACAAGAAUAACUGGCUUUUUGUUUUUUAGAGUAGCAUCAAAGCGUAUGCUACGGACCCAAAAAUGGGAAUAUUAGUAAUUUCAGACAACUUUGGUUCAAACAAUGUUGGCCAGGACAUUUCAGUGUCGGAGAUGAAGCCUGUGACGGAGGCAACACUGAGAUUUCAAACAAAGAAAUUUUCAAUGACAUUCCGGCUGCUAACAAAACAGCUCAGCACAAUCUUUCAACUUCCUUAUUUGUCCAUAAUUCAAACUUGUUUUUCCACAGCUCUCGUUACCAUUGCUCGAGUUUUCCUAGUCACUUCAAGUACAUGUAAAGCCACAACCUUACUCCGAAGAGACCUACGGCAUCAUACAAUGCUUACAUCCUGUACUUUCCAAUAAAGCCAGUAACCAUGGUAACAGUAAAA